AUGGGACCUGUCCUGCACAGCAUCUCCACUACUGUAGUAGUUGCCGAGUUCAUUUUGGGGAAUUUGAGCAAUGGAUUGAUAAUGGUGGAAAACUGCUUUGACUGGGUCAAUAAAGGAGAGCUUUCUCCAGUUGAUCAAAUCCUCAUUAUCUUGGCCAUUUCCAGAAUUACUCUCAUCUGGGAAGUACUAUUUAUUUGGGUUAAAACUCAAUCAAUUUCAUUUAUUACCAAAGAAGAAUUAAAAAUAGCUAUGUUCUGCUCUAUACUAUCUGGCCACUUCAAUCUCUGGCUUGCCACGGCCCUUAGCAUCUUUUAUUUACUCAGAAUAGCUAAUUUCUCCUGGCAGAUCUUUCACUACUUGAAAUGUAGACUUAAACAAUUGAUUGUGGGGGUACUGCUGGGAAGCUUGGCCUUUUUGCUUGCAAAUCUGAUAAAAAUGAGCAUCACUCUUGAAGAGAGAUUCCGUCAAUAUGGAGGAAACACAACUGUGAAUUCCUUGGAGACAGAGUUUGCACUAUUUUCAGAGCUGUUCUUAUUCUACACAGCUAUGUUCUCUCUAUCACCAUUUUCAUUGGCUUUGAUCUCUUUUCUCCUGUUAAUUUUUUCUUUGUGGAAACAUUGUCAUAAUAUGUAGCUCAAUGCCAGAGGACAUGGAGACCUCAAUACCAAUGCACAUACAAAUGCCAUGAAAAUUAUAGUCUCCUUCCUUCUGCUCUAUGCUACUUACAUUCUGUCCCUUCUGACAUCAUGGAUUACUGAGAAACAUCACAUUGAACUGUUUCAUAUUAUUUGCAUUUUAACUGGACUCAUGUAUCCUUCAUCCCAUUCAUUAUUUCUUAUUCUAGGUAAUGCUAAAUUAAAGCAUACUUCUCUUUUGAUAUUGAGUCAUCUGGGAUUUGCUUUCAACAAGUUGGCUGCAUUCAGCAAAUGA